UUGGAUUUGAUCUGUUCUGCUUCAAACACUCAAGGAGCAGCAAUGGAGUCAGCGGAGGACAGACGGAUACCGAACACUAAUCCUGCUGAUUCGCAGAAUGUGAAGACGGAAGCUUGUAGAACUUCAGAUGGAGAAACUUCAAUCUCUGUAGGGCACGUCUACCCUGUAGACCAACAGGGCGGAGAGUUUCAGAAGAAGCCUGUAAAAGAAGAAGAAGAUGAAAAUGAACAUGAAGACUUCUUCUAUAAAGAAAGAUUAGGAGAGUUCCAAAGGAAGCUUGUAAAAGAGGAAGAAGAUGAAGAUGAAGAGCAUCUCUAUGUAGAAUUUCAGAAGAAGCCUGUAAAAGAUGAAGAUGAAGAUGAAGACUACCUCUACUGUGAGGAGUGUCAGACCUUCUUCUACAACAAGUGUGAGCUUCAUGGUCCUGCUCUCUUCAUCCCUGAUACCCCCGUCCCUGUGGGAGCUGCCGACCGAGCCAGGCGAUCCCUUCCACCCGGUCUAGAGGUUCAGAAGUCCGGGAUUCCUGAAGCUGGUCUGGGAGUGUUCAAUAAGGGGGAGACGAUUCCUGUCGGUGCGCACUUCGGCCCCUACCAGGGGGAACUGGUGGACCGAGAGGAAGCUCUGAACAGCCGGUUCUCCUGGGUGGUUUCUAAGAGCAGUGAAUGUGAGGAAUACAUCGACGGAACCAGAGAGAUCCAUGCUAACUGGAUGAGGUACGUGAACUGUGCUCGUUAUGAUCAGGAGCAGAACCUGGUGGUGUUCCAGUACCGAGGAGGGAUUCUGUACCGGUGCUGUCGACCCGUCGGACCGGGACAGGAGCUGCUGGUGUGGUACGACGAGGAGUACGCCAAGGAUCUCAGCGUCACAUUUGAUUAUAUCUGGAACAGAAAAUGUUCUGCGAAUGGAUCCAUCAGCGCCCAGUUAGACGUGUUCUCCUGCUCCUCAUGUCCACUUUCCUACACGUCCCAAAUUUACCUCCACAAGCACAUCAGGAGGUGCCACUAUGAGGAGUACCUGAGACGUUUAGAAUCGGGAGAGAUUCAGUACGAGAACCCUCACCGGGCGUCCUCUGGUGCUCCUCCUAGUAACAUCUGUCAAGGACAGACGCAGAACAUUCACAUCUGCUCAGAGUGUGGGAAGAGUUUUAGUCAUUACAGCGAUCUCCAGCGGCACCAGCGCGUUCACACCGGAGAGAAACCGUAUCUAUGUUCUUACUGUGGGAAGAGCUUCAGUUACUGGAACUCUUUCCAUCUCCACCAGCGCAUUCACACCGGAGAGAAGCCCUACUACUGCUCACACUGUGGUAAGAGCUUCAAUCACCAGAGUAAUCUGAAGACUCACCAGCGCAUUCACACCGGAGAGAAGCCGUUUCAGUGUUCACAGUGCGAGAAGAGCUUCUCUCAGUGGAGUCACCUCCAGCGGCACCAGAACCUUCACACCGGAGAGAAACCCUAUCAGUGCUCGCAGUGCGGGAAAAGCUUCACUCGACUGAACUUCCUUCAGCUGCACCAGCGCGUUCACACCGGAGAGAAACCGCACCGGUGCGCAGAGUGCGGGAAGAACUUUAGCCAACAGAGUUCCCUCCAACAGCACAAGCGCAUUCACACCGGAGAGAAACCGUACCAGUGCUCGGAGUGCGGGAAGAGGUUCGCCUACAAGAGCGCCCUCAGCAAGCACCAGCUCAUUCACACCGGAGAGAAACCCUACCAGUGCUCCCAGUGCGGGAAGAGCUUUAACAGUCAAAGUAACCUCAAAACACACCAGCGCCUCCACACCGGAGAGAAGCCGUACCAGUGCUCCCAGUGCGGCAGGAGCUUUACUCAGCUGAAUUCUCUCCACCACCACCAGCGCAGUCAUACUGGAAAAACGCCGUCUCACUUCUGACGUGGAGACAGCCGAUGAAUAGAAAAGCACCAGGAACAUUGAAGUAUUUGGGGAUGUGUGUAUAUUUAAAAAUAGAUUCAAAACUAUAAAGGAAUAAAAAAUCAUCAACAUUUUUUGGACAAA